UGCUGCUGCCCCUGGGCGGGCGCGAGCGCCGCCCUGGGCCCCGGCUCGCUCAGCUCCAACGCCAUCAAGAUCCCGGCGCCGGGCGGCUCAGCCGUCAGCGCGUCCCCCCGCGACUCGGUGCUGCACGAGGGCAGCAACAAGUACCAGCCGCUGGACGCGCACCAGGUACGUGCUACCCCGCCCUCCGAGCCCGAGCAGCUCCACGCCGCGGAGACGGAGGAGCCCGGCAGCGAGGGGCCCGCGCCCGGCCCGGAGGGACAGCCCAAAAGGACCACUUCCCUCUGGCGGCUGCACCAUGCCAACGGUCAGGAAAGCUCCAUCUGCCUCCGCUCCUCAGACUGUGCUGCGGGACUGUGUUGUGCUCGUCACUUCUGGUCCAAGAUCUGUAAACCUGUGCUGAAGGAAGGCCAAGUAUGCACAAAACACAGAAGAAAGGGCUCUCAUGGCCUGGAGAUAUUUCAGCGAUGCUACUGUGGAGAUGGUCUUUCUUGUCGCCUACAAAGAGAUCAUAUAACCAGCAACUCCUCCUCCUCCAGGCUGCAUACCUGCCAGAGACACUGAUGGGAACUCCUUGCUAAAUCAGAUGGACUUUGGAGAGGAUUUCUGUAUGGUGCAUUGCUUGUUGUUUUGCCAGGUCAUAUCUAAGGAUGUACAGAUUUGGAGUUUACACCAAGUACUCUACUUCCCCCCCCCACCUAAAACUGGAGUACUAGGCUUGUUUCUUUAGGGAACUACUUUUAAGUGACUAAUUGCAGUAAAUUACUGUGUUGUAAAUGCUCAAUGUGGCACUUAACUGUAAAUAUUCCAGAAUUUUAAUUAUUUUUCCUAAAAGUGCUGCAUAACGAUCUCCAGUCUAUUAUUGUGACACUUUGUACACACUGGUUUUAUAUAUAAUCCUCAGUCUAUUUUCUAUUUACAAGUGAAUAAAUCUUAAAUAUAAC